UCUCCCAGGCUCCGUCCCCCUUCAACCAAGGCCGCUAUGGAGGUGCUGUCUGAAAACAAGGCGGAUGUUCUGCCCGAUGGCGACACAGCGGCGCCCGUCCGUGACAAUGACAAUGACAACGACAACGACAGUGUCAAGUAUCCCAGCGCUUUCUGGGCGUCUUGCGUCUCUGUCGGAGUCGCUUUGGCUCUCUUUCUGGUCGGUUUGGAUAUGACUAUCGUUGCUGCUGCCAUUCCUCGCAUCACCGAUGAUUUCAAAGGCAUCAACCUCGUCGGCUGGUACGCUUCGGCCUACUUUAUUGCGCUAGCUUGCUUCCAGCCUUUCUGGGGCAAGGUCUACCCUUUCUUCUCGAUCAAGUACACCUUUCUGCUCGCCGUCUUCAUCUUCGACCUGGGCUCACUGGUUGCUGGCGUGGCGCCCAGCAGCACCGUCCUCAUUGUCGGGCGCGCCAUCAUGGGUGUAGGCGGCGCAGGCAUAGCGUCUGGUGGAUAUGCUAUCCUGGGCGUCGUCGUGCGACCCAAGCUCCGGCCGGUCUUUACAGGCUUCAUCACCACCAUCUAUAGCAUCGCCAACGUUUUAGGCCCCGUCGUGGGUGGCAUCUUUACCCAACAAACGACCUGGCGGUGGUGCUUCUACAUUAACCUGCCUAUUGGUGGCGCUUCUGCCCUCGUUAUCUUCCUGCUAUUCCGCCCUCCCCAGUCUACCCACCUGAGUAAGGCCCCGCUGAAGGAGAAGCUGUCGCACAUGGAUCCUAUCGGCAUAACCUUCGCCCUCGCCUCGCUCAUUUUCUUCACGCGUGCGCUCGAGGUAGCCGGCAUUGAUGAGGCAUGGAACUCGGCCGAGGUCGUCGGUUUCCUCGUCGCCUGCGCCGUUUCCACGGUCGCCUUUGUAGUCUCGCAGUACCUCCAGGGCGACCACGCCCUUCUCGUGUCACGACUGCUCAAAAAGCGCAUUGUCGCCAUGGGUAUGGCCUUCGGCUUCUUCCACGAGGGCGCCUUCUAUCUCCUGCUCUAUUACGUCCCCAUCUACUUCCAAGUCGUUGUGGGCGUCUCGCCCUCCAGGGCCGGUGUCUACAAUCUCCCCCUGCUCAUUAGCUGCGGCGUUGGCUCCGCGCUUGCGGGUGUCCUUGUCUCACUGUUCGGCCACUACGUCCCACUCAUGCUAUGGGCCAGCGCCGGUGGAUGCAUCGGUUCCGGCCUGAUAUACACCCUCCAUGCUGCUUCGCCCCAGGCCCAGUGGGUUGGCUACCAGUUCCUCGCUGGCCUCGCCUACGGGUCCGGUCUGCCACUGGCAAUCAUCGCGGGCCAGGCCAACGCGCGGGCUGAAGACCUUGCUUCGACCACAGCCAUGUUGUUAUUCUCCUUCUGCGUUGGCUCAUCGACCUCCCUGGGUGCUGGCCAAUCCGUGCUGAGCAACCUCCUCUUAUCCAAGCUUCCGUCCCUAGCGCCCAACGUAGACCCGCUCAGCGUUAUCGUUACGGGCGCCACUGAAAUCCGCAGCGCAUUCCCCGCUGAUGUUGUUCCAGGCAUUGUGGAGGCCUACCUCUACUGCCUGCGUGCCGUCUUCUUGAUCGUCACGGCCUAUGCUGGCGUGGCGGUUUUUUUCGCCGUGGCUAAUAAGUGGGAGAGACUAAAGUUGAAGGGGUAGGGUGACCGAGUGCGCUUGGAUAUAUAACAUGGUUAUAUGAUGUAUAUUUCAGGUUAUUCGAUGAGUAUAGUAGAAAGUGUGUAAUAAAAUACAAGACUCUUCUCAUUCAUAG